GGGGAUUCCCGAAAUCUUCCAUUUUCUGAGAACGUUAGUGCUGUUCAAAAAUUAGACUUUUCAGACACAAUGGUGCAACAGAAACUGGAUGAUAUCAAGGAUCGAAUCAAGAGAGAAAUAAGGAAAGAACUGAAAAUCAAAGAAGGAGCUGAAAAUCUGAGGAAGGUUACAACAGAUAAAAAAAGCUUGGCUUAUGUAGACAACAUUUUGAAAAAAUCUAAUAAAAAAUUAGAAGAACUGCAUCACAAACUACAGGAAUUAAAUGCACAUAUUGUUGUAUCAGAUCCAGAAGAUGUUACAGAUUGUCCAAGGACUCCAGAUACUCCAAAUAGUGACCCUCGUUGUUCUACUAGUAAUAAUAGAUUGAUGGCCUUACAAAAACAGUUGGAUAUAGAACUUAAAGUAAAACAAGGUGCAGAGAACAUGAUACAGAUGUAUUCAAAUGGAUCUUCAAAGGAUCGGAAACUCCAUGGUACAGCUCAGCAAAUGCUUCAGGACAGCAAGACAAAAAUAGAAGUCAUAAGAAUGCAGAUUCUUCAGGCAGUCCAGACCAAUGAAUUGGCUUUUGAUAAUGCAAAACCUGUGAUAAGUCCUCUUGAACUUCGUAUGGAAGAAUUAAGACAUCAUUUUAGGAUAGAGUUUGCAGUAGCAGAAGGUGCAAAGAAUGUGAUGAAAUUACUUGGUUCAGGAAAAGUAACAGACAGAAAAGCACUUUCAGAAGCUCAAGCAAGAUUUAAUGAAUCAAGUCAGAAACUGGACCUUUUAAAGUAUUCAUUAGAGCAAAGAUUAAAUGAGCUUCCCAGGAAUCAUCCCAAAAGCAGUAUUAUAAUUGAGGAGCUUUCACUUGUUGCAUCACCAACACUAAGUCCACGUCAAAGUGUGAUAUCUACCCAAAACCAAUACAGUACACUAUCUAAACCAGCGGCAUUAACAGGUACUCUGGAAGUUCGUCUUAUGGGCUGCCAAGAUAUCCUAGAGAAUGUCCCUGGACGAUCAAAAGCGACAUCAGUUGCACUACCUGGCUGGAGUCCAAGUGAAACCAGAUCAUCGUUCAUGAGCAGAACAAGUAAAAGUAAAAGUGGAAGUAGUCGAAAUCUCCUAAAAACAGAUGACUUGUCCAAUGAUGUCUGUGCUGUUUUGAAGCUAGAUAAUACUGUGGUUGGUCAAACUAGCUGGAAACCUAUUUCUAAUCAGUCAUGGGAUCAGAAGUUUACACUGGAACUAGACAGGGUUACUUUUUUUAAUCCAGUUAUUGAAAGACGACCAAAACUCCAAAGGCAAAAGAAAAUUUUCUCAAAACAACAAGGCAAAGCAUUUCUCAGAGCUCCUCAGAUGAAUAUUAAUAUUGCCACUUGGGGAAGGCUGGUGAGAAGAGCGAUUCUAAAUCAUUCUGGCACCUUUAGCCCUCAGGCUUCUAUGCCUACGACAGUGCCAGUGCUUGAUGUACGCAUCCCUGAACUAGCACCUUCAGCUAGUGAUUCUACAGUAACCAAAUUGGACUUUGAUCUUGAACCUGAACCUCCUCCGGCCUCACUACAUGCUUCUUCCCUUGGAGAAAUAGAUGAAUCUACUGAAUUAAGAGUUUUGGAUACACAAGGACAGGAUUCAGCAGCUACUUUUGAUAUUGAGAAUGACAGAAAUAGUAUACUUAAAAAAUCCCAAUCUGAAUAUGAGCCUGAUAUUCCUCAGUCGGGUCUAGAUUAUACUGGUAUUCGAGAACUUGAGGAGGAUAGAAGAUCUCAGCAAAGGUUUCAAUUUAAUCUGCAAGACUUCAGAUGUUGUGCUGUCUUGGGUAGGGGACAUUUUGGAAAGGUGCUUUUAGCUGAAUAUAAGCAUACAAAUGAGAUGUUUGCUAUAAAAGCCUUAAAGAAAGGAGACAUUGUAGCUCGAGAUGAAGUAGACAGCCUCAUGUGUGAAAAAAGAAUCUUUGAAACUGUGAAUAGUGUAAGGCAUCCCUUUUUGGUGAACCUUUUUGCAUGUUUCCAAACCAAAGAGCAUGUUUGCUUUGUAAUGGAAUAUGCUGCCGGUGGGGACCUAAUGAUGCACAUUCAUACUGAUGUCUUUUCUGAACCAAGAGCUGUAUUUUAUGCUGCAUGUGUAGUUCUUGGGUUGCAGUAUUUACAUGAACACAAAAUUGUUUAUAGAGAUUUGAAAUUGGAUAACUUAUUGCUAGAUACAGAGGGCUUUGUGAAAAUUGCUGAUUUUGGUCUUUGCAAAGAAGGAAUGGGAUAUGGAGAUAGAACAAGCACAUUUUGUGGCACUCCUGAAUUUCUUGCCCCAGAAGUAUUAACAGAAACAUCAUAUACGAGAGCUGUUGACUGGUGGGGCCUUGGUGUACUUAUAUAUGAAAUGCUUGUUGGUGAGUCUCCCUUUCCUGGUGAUGAUGAAGAGGAAGUUUUUGACAGUAUUGUAAAUGAUGAAGUAAGGUAUCCAAGGUUCUUAUCUACAGAAGCCAUUUCCAUAAUGAGAAGGCUGUUAAGAAGAAAUCCUGAGCGGCGCCUUGGAGCCGGGGAGAAAGAUGCCGAGGAUGUAAAAAAGCACCCAUUUUUCCGGCUAAUUGAUUGGAGUGCUCUGAUGGACAAAAAAGUAAAGCCACCAUUUGUACCUACCAUUAGAGGACGGGAAGAUGUUAGUAAUUUUGAUGAUGAAUUUACCUCAGAAGCACCUAUUCUGACUCCACCUCGAGAACCAAGGAUACUUUCAGAAGAGGAGCAAGAAAUGUUCAGAGAUUUUGACUACAUUGCUGAUUGGUGUUAAACUCCUAGACACUGUGAAACCAAGCAAACUAACUCACAAGAAGACCUCUUAAGAAUAGCAACCCUUCAUUUGCUC